GCAACAGACCAGACGUCACUUUCUGGGCAUGUGUGUUCCAUUUUUGUCUCUUUUUUUAUUUUCAGACUGGAGGAUUUGGAUAGAGCAGAGCGAGGAGAGAAAGAAGCUUUUUUUUUUGCUUCUUGAAUAAAGAGGGCAGCCAUCUUUCUUGAAAAAAGAAAAGAUAACUCACUGUUCGCGAAAAUAUAAAGCUAAUUCUAUGCAGACGUGUGAGGAGACUGUGGCAUUCUGAGGGUUAAGUUUCUAUACUAUUCUAGCAACAGAGGGAGUGCGAAUUCGCGAAGGACAACGUAUGCGGUAAAGAUGCCAGGGUCGCUAAGCAAUGAGGACGAGGGACAAGACGACAUGGAUUUUGAAGACGAAAUACCAGAUGAGGAAGAGGAGGAUGAAGCGGAAUCGACACCGCUCACGCCCCUGGACAGGUUCUUCUCCGAGAGCAACUCCCUCAAGCAGCAGAAGAGGAAGAAGAUCUGCAAACUGAAGGAGGGCAAGCUGCCCAAAGUCAAGAAGAAGAAGAAGCAGUUCGUUCCUCCACAGGUAGGGGGCAGUGAUCAGGAGGACGCCUCGGAGCGGGAGGACGAACAGCGCGAUAAGUCGGAGAGCGAGAGCAGCACCUACUCCUCCAUGAAGAAGAAGAAGAAGAAGCCGAAGGAGAAGAAGGAGAAGAAAACCCGGCGGAGGAAGGAGGAGGAGGAGGAGGAGGACGACGACGAUGGCACCAUGAAGGAGCCCAAGUCCUCUGGCCAGCUGAUGCAGGAGUGGGGUCUGGAGGAUGUAGACUACGCCUUCUCUGAAGAGGACUACCACACCCUGACCAACUACAAGGCCUUCAGCCAGUUCCUCAGGCCCCUCAUUGCCAAGAAGAACCCUAAGAUCCCGAUGUCGAAGAUGAUGACAGUGCUGGGGGCGAAGUGGCGGGAGUUCAGCGCCAACAACCCGUUCAAGGGGACGUCCGCCAACGCCGUGGCGGCCGCCGUGGCCGCCGCCGUGGAAACCGUCACCGUGUCCUCGCCCGUCUCUGCUAGCAGCGCACCGCCAACCACCGGGCCAAUCAGAAAAGCCAAAACCAAAGAGGGGAAGGGGCCGGGAGCGAGGAGGAAAACCAAGAGCGCGAAAGAGACCAAGAAGAAGGGGAAAGGGAAGAAGACCAAACCUAAGAUGGCGCAAAGUGGGAAGAGGAAAAAACAAUCCUCGAGUGAGGAGGAUAACCUGGAGGAAUCAGACUGGGACGACCUCAGCAUCCACAGCGCCUCCGUGCGCUCCGACGCCUCCGGCCCGCCCAAGAAGACCCCCCGCCGCGCCGGGCGCAAGAAGAAAAAGAGAGAGGAUGGGGAUGGGUACGAGACGGACCACCAGGACUACUGCGAGGUGUGCCAGCAGGGCGGGGAGAUCAUUCUGUGCGACACCUGCCCCCGCGCCUAUCACCUGGUGUGCCUGGAGCCUGAGCUGGAGAAGGCCCCCGAGGGCAAGUGGAGCUGCCCCCACUGUGAGAAGGAGGGGAUCCAGUGGGAACCCAAAGACGAUGAGGAAGAGGAGGAGGUGGUGGGGCAGGAAGAAGAUGACCACAUGGAGUUCUGCAGGGUGUGUAAGGACGGGGGGGAGCUGCUGUGCUGUGACACCUGCCCCUCGUCCUAUCACAUCCACUGCCUCAACCCACCCCUGCCCGAGAUACCCAAUGGGGAGUGGCUAUGUCCACGCUGCACGUGCCCCCCCCUGAAAGGGAAGGUGCAGCGGAUCCUUCACUGGACGUGGGGCGACCCCCCCCUGCCCGCGGAGCUGCCCCCCGGGGUGGGAGUGGACCCCGCCCUGCCGCUGCUGAAGCCCCCGCUGAAGGGGCACGCGGAGCGGGAGCUGUUCGUGAAGUGGGCCGGCCUGUCCUACUGGCACUGCUCCUGGGUCACCGAGCUGCAGCUGGAGCUGUACCACUCGGUGAUGUACCGAAACUACCAGCGCAAGAACGACAUGGACGAGCCGCCGCCCUACGACUACGGCUCGGGGGACGAGGAGCUGAAGAGCGAGAAGCGCAAGGGCAAGGACCCCGAGUACGCCGUCAUGGAGGAGCGCUUCUACCGCUACGGCAUCAAGCCCGAGUGGAUGGUGAUCCACCGCAUCGUCAACCACAGUUUCGAUAAGAAAGGAGACGUGCAUUACCUGAUUAAGUGGAGAGACCUGUCUUACGACCAGUGUACCUGGGAGGUGGAUGAAUUUGACGUCCCUGAGUAUGACAACUUCAAACAGGGGUACUGGGACCACCGGGAGCAGAUUCUGGGGGAGGACAACCGCCCCCUGGUGGUGAGGAAGGGGAAGAGGUCCAAGGAAGGAGAGAAGAAAGAGAAGCCCCCGGACUCCCCCAUCGUGGAUCCCACGAUCAAAUUUGACAAGCAGACGUGGUACAUCGACGCCACGGGGGGCACUCUGCACCCGUACCAGCUGGAGGGGCUGAACUGGCUGCGCUUCUCCUGGGCCCAGGGCACGGACACCAUCCUGGCCGACGAGAUGGGCCUGGGCAAGACCGUGCAGACCAUCGUCUUCCUCUACUCCCUGUACAAGGAGGGCCACUCGAAGGGGCCGUUCCUCGUCAGCGCCCCCCUGUCCACCAUCAUCAACUGGGAGCGGGAGUUUGAGAUGUGGGCCCCCGAGUUCUACGUGGUGACGUACACGGGCGACAAGGACAGCCGCGCCGUCAUCCGCGAGAACGAGCUGACCUUCGAGGACGCGCCGCACAAAACCGGCCGCAAGAUCUUCCGCAUGAAGAAGGACACCCCGAUCAAGUUCCACGUGCUGCUGACGUCGUACGAGCUCAUCACCAUCGACCAGGCCAUUCUGGGCUCUAUCGACUGGGCCUGUCUCGUGGUGGACGAAGCCCAUAGGCUGAAGAACAACCAAUCAAAGUUUUUCAGAAUUCUCAACGGCUAUAAGAUCUACUACAAGCUGCUGCUGACGGGAACCCCUCUGCAGAACAACCUGGAGGAGCUCUUUCACCUGCUCAACUUCCUCACGCCCGAGAGAUUCAAUAAUCUGGACGGCUUCCUGGAGGAGUUUGCGGACAUCUCCAAGGAGGACCAGAUCAAGAAGCUGCACGACCUGCUGGGCCCCCACAUGCUGCGCAGGCUGAAGGCCGACGUCUUCAAGAACAUGCCGGCCAAGACCGAGCUCAUCGUGCGUGUGGAGCUCAGCCCCAUGCAGAAGAAGUACUACAAGUUCAUCCUGACACGCAACUUUGAGGCGCUGAAUUCGAAGGGCGGGGGGAACCAGGUGUCCCUGCUCAACAUCAUGAUGGACCUGAAGAAGUGCUGCAACCACCCCUACCUGUUCCCUGUGGCAGCUGUGGAGGCCCCUGUGCUGCCCAAUGGCUCCUAUGACGGAAACCUUCUGGUGAAAUCCUCUGGCAAACUGACCCUGCUGCAGAAAAUGCUCAAGAAGCUGAAGGAUGGAGGACACAGAGUUCUCAUCUUCUCUCAGAUGACGAAGAUGCUGGACCUGCUGGAGGACUUCCUGGAGUACGAGGGCUAUAAAUACGAGCGCAUCGACGGCGGCAUAACUGGCGGCCUGCGGCAGGAGGCCAUCGACCGCUUUAACGCUCCCGGAGCUCAGCAGUUCUGCUUCCUGCUGUCCACCCGAGCCGGGGGAUUGGGCAUCAACCUGGCAACCGCUGACACUGUCAUCAUCUACGACUCGGACUGGAACCCACACAAUGAUAUUCAGGCGUUCAGCCGGGCGCACCGGAUCGGUCAGAACAAGAAGGUGAUGAUCUACCGCUUCGUGACGCGGGCGUCGGUGGAGGAGCGCAUCACUCAGGUGGCGAAGAGGAAGAUGAUGCUGACCCACCUGGUGGUGCGGCCCGGCCUGGGCUCCAAGACCGGCUCCAUGUCCAAGCAGGAGCUGGACGACAUCCUCAAGUUCGGCACCGAGGAGCUCUUCAAGGACGACGUGGAGGCGGCCCGGGCCAACGGCACUCCAGGGCGUCACAAGGCGUCCAUCAGCUGCCAUCUCAAUACAUGCGACACGAAGGAAGGCGAGGACGUGAGCGUGAUCCACUACGACGACAACGCCAUCUCCAAGCUGCUGGACCGCAGCCAGGACGCCACCGAGGACACGGAGAUCCAGAACAUGAACGAGUACCUCAGCUCCUUCAAGGUGGCGCAGUACGUGGUGCGGGAGGAGGACGGAGAGGAGGAGGUGCAGAGGGAGAUCAUUAAGCAGGAGGAGAACGUGGACCCAGACUACUGGGAGAAGCUGCUGAGGCACCACUACGAGCAGCAGCAGGAGGACCUGGCCCGGAACCUGGGCAAGGGCAAGCGCAUCCGCAAGCAGGUCAACUACAACGACACCACGCAAGAGGACCAAGAGUGGCAGGACGACCUUUCAGACAAUCAGUCCGAGUACUCUGUGGGCUCUGAAGACGAGGACGAAGACUUCGAGGAGCGGCCUGAAGGGGGGCGUCGGCAGUCCCGGAGACAGCUGCGCAGCGACCGUGACAAGCCCCUCCCACCCCUGCUGGCCCGCGUCGGGGGCAACAUCGAGGUGCUGGGGUUCAACGCCCGUCAGCGGAAGGCCUUCCUGAACGCCAUCAUGCGCUGGGGCAUGCCCCCUCAGGACGCCUUCAACUCCCAUUGGCUGGUGAGAGACCUGCGGGGGAAGAGCGAGAAGGAGUUCAGGGCCUACGUCUCCCUCUUCAUGCGGCACCUCUGUGAGCCGGGGGCCGACGGGGCGGAGACCUUCGCAGACGGCGUCCCGCGAGAGGGGCUGUCCCGCCAGCACGUGCUCACCCGAAUCGGGGUCAUGUCGCUCGUCCGCAAGAAGGUACAGGAGUUUGAGCUGGUGAAUGGGAAGUACAGUAACCCUGGCGUGGUCCCGGAGGGACUGGAGCUGAAGAAGCUGACGGAGAGUUUGUCCUCUGACCCCAACACCCCUGUCCCAGCCAGUCCUGCUGUCACUCAGCCAGGGACCCCAGUGCCCCCAGAUAAGAUGGACGCCGUCUCCGGGCCCUCAGAAGACAAAGACCCAGCAGAGCAGGACAGCAAGAAGCCCCCUGAACCUGAGGCUCCCUGCAGUAUGGAGUCGUCCCCGGUGGGGGAGAAGCUCCCUGACGGUGUGGAGGGGAAGGAGGGAGCCCCAGAGGAGAGGCAGGCAGAGGAGUCUGAUAAGGCUGAAACAGCCAGCGAGCAGCCUACGCCCAAAGGGGAGACGGGCGCAGAGACGGAGAGAGUCCCAGAGAAGGAGGAGAGAACUCCCACUCCUGUGAAAACAGAGGAGAAGGAGCCCAACCCAGUGCCUGCUGAGGACACGAAGGGCGAGGACAUUCCUGACAGCCAGCUGAACGGAGAUAAAGAAACAAGGGAUGACUUGGAGGAGGGCAGGAAGGAUGACAAGAACAGCAAGAUGAAGUUCAUGUUCAACAUCGCCGAUGGCGGGUUCACAGAGCUCCACACCCUGUGGCAGAACGAGGAGCGAGCAGCCGUGACCUCGGGGAAGAUGCACGACAUCUGGCACCGUCGCCACGACUACUGGCUCCUGGCCGGCAUCGUCACGCACGGUUACGCCCGCUGGCAGGACAUCCAGAACGACCCGCGCUACACCAUCCUGAACGAGCCCUUCAAGAGCGAGGUGCACAAGGGCAACUACCUGGAGAUGAAGAACAAGUUCCUGGCUCGCCGCUUCAAGCUGUUGGAGCAGGCUCUGGUGAUAGAGGAGCAGUUGAGGCGGGCGGCGUAUCUGAACAUGAGCCAGGACCCCAGCCACCCCGCCAUGGCGCUGAACGCCCGCUUCGCGGAGGUGGAGUGCCUGGCCGAGUCGCACCAGCACCUCUCCAAGGAGUCGCUCGCCGGGAACAAACCCGCCAACGCAGUGCUGCACAAAGUGCUGAACCAGCUGGAGGAGCUGCUGAGCGACAUGAAGGCGGACGUGACGCGGCUGCCCUCCAUGCUGUCGCGGAUCCCGCCGGUCGCCGCGCGGCUGCAGAUGUCCGAGCGCAGCAUCCUGAGCCGCCUGACCAACCGCGGCAACGAGCCGCCGCCCCAGCAGCCGUUCCCCCAGGGCUCGUUCGGCUGCUCCCAGAUGUACAGCAGCGGUUUCGGGGGCGGCUUCCGUGGACCGGGGGGCGGGAGCAUCGUCAACUACAGCCAGAUGCCCCUGGGACCCUACAUCAGCGUUUCCACGAACGGCCCCCCUCCCCCGUCAAGCCACCUGGACCUGAAGUCCGCCGACCCGCUGAAGGAGCUCACCGCCAGCGAACUGAAGGGCGGGAAGGCCUCUGAUGUCAUCUGUAUCGAGGACUAGACCCCGUCCGCCCCAAACCCCAACCCCAACCAACGUUGAACUGGAACCGAACUGGAAUUUAUUAAUAUUACGAAUAUGUAUGUAUAUAUAUCUUAUCGACUGUAAUUUCACCCCCACCCCUGUCCCUCUCUCUCUCUCUCUCUCUCGGGGAGGAACCGUGGGGGGGGGGGGGGGGUCUGUACAUAGGCUUCAUACAGUGCAGUGUGUGUGGGUGUUUGCUUUG